AUGUUUUCACAAGGCUCGAUUCCGGAGGUGAAAGAAGAUAAUAUUGGACAUGCUCUGAACGAGAGAAAGUUAAAGAUCCCACAAUUUCAAGAUCUGGGCCCACCAGAUCUACUAACAAUGGUGAAGUACGUUGCUACUUCCUCGUCUACGGCACAACUAAAUAGCAAUUCAAAUUCUAACGGUAAUAAGAGCGAGAAUUUCAACAUGCAACAAGAAAUUUCAAAUACAAUAAUUAAGGAUCUGUAUAAUCCAACAAAUAAUAAAGGAGAAAUUGGUACUUUUUUCUACACUGUGGGUGUAGAUACAAAUGAUCCUACGUCAAUUUCAGUUUUCUUGAAAAAAAUUGCUGAUACAAUUUCAGAAGAACCGCAGGCUUGGUUUGGUAAGACAAGAAACUUCAACGUCGCAAGAAUUACAUUAUCUACUUGGAACUCGUUUAGAAGAUGUGAUAUGAAUAUUGUCGUUCAUAUCCCAGGUAACCUACACACUUAUAUUCUGGAUAUCGAUGGAGAAUUAUUACAAGUUAAUCCGACUUUGCCUUCUGGAGAAGAAAACCCAGAUUUUCAAAUACUUUGGAUCGAAACAUUCAUGAGUGGCAUGGUUCGUUCAGUUAUAUUGAUGAAAGACAAUGCGGAAGAAGGUGAAUCGCAAAAUUUGGUGGAAACUUUAGUUUUGAAUCCAUUCACUAGUGGCGAAAUCAAUACCACAGCCGAUAACUUUAUUGAAUUAUUUCCCUUUGUAUAUGAAAAGGGUCCUUUGCUUGGAGCCCCAGUAUAUGUUACCAACGUUACUAGAUCUAAUAAUUAUUUAGUGGAAACGCUUAUUGAAAUUGUUAAAUUGACACAUUCUUUGGAUCAAUGUCGUACAAUGUUAGAAAAGGUAAUACAAACUUACCCAGAAGCAGUAGUCGUCUUGAUUCGUAUCUUAUUUGCAUGUGAAAUGGAGAUAGAUGCUAUUCAACUGCUAAACGAACAAUUACAAAAACAAGAAGAAACUACAGAUGUGAAUUUCUAUCAAUUGGAAUACAAAGCAGACAUGUUGGCAGCACAAGCUGAGUUUUUAUUAGAUGUUAAACACGACUAUGAGUUUGCUAAGGAGGUUGCCAAUGCGGUUGUAAGUUGUUCUCCGAGUGAAUUCAAGCCAUGGUAUCUAUUAGCAAAAUCAUAUGUGAAGGUAAAGGAUAUUGAGAACGCUUUAUUAACUUUAAAUUCUUGUCCAAUGUCGCCUUUGAAAGAAAAAUAUGGUCUGAAAAGAGUUGUUCCAAUUCAAUCGGAUGCAAAUCUGCAUUUGCCACUGCCUGUUGAUGUAGUAUUAGAUGAGGUUAGUUCGUUGAACCCUCAAGAUAUUCAAAGAGAACACAAAUCCGCAGACCCUGUGUUAGUCAGACUGGCAGCCUCUAAUCUAAAAUCGACAUUUCAAUUAGUUUACAAAUUAUUGACAGAGAUUGUUAAAAUAACUGAUUGGGAAUCAUUACUAAAAUAUAGAUCUAAUAUUUUUGUAAUGGAGGAAGAAUAUCAAACAUCUGCUGAAAAUACAGAUACUGAAAAUUCGAAUGCCGAAAAUGGUGUAGAAAAUGGAUUAGAUGCGGGUACUGACUCUAGUGUCAAAGUCAUGCUUUCGACUACCGACUUGAACCCUUCACAAAACUCGUCUUUGAGAUCUAAGAGACUAUGUGAAAGAUGGUUAGAUAAUCUUUUUAUGCUAUUAUAUGAUGAUCUUAAGACAUACACAUUAUUCCAAUCAGAACAACAAUAUUUUGAAGCACAGAAUGCUGACUAUAAUAAAUUAACAAUCGAAUGGGAAUUAUUCGGGUUAUGUGCUCGAAGACUAGGCCAUUACUCAGAAGCAGCUCGCGCUUUCCAAAUCGGUCUCUCACAACGAUUUUCAUCUGGAUGUGCUAGAAGACUAUUAGAGUAUUGUGUCAAAGAAUCUAUCAGAGUGAAAAACAUAAGUAACAAUCCUGAUAUCAAAGUUAAUACUACCACCGAGGAAGUGACCAACAGAAUUAAAGAAUUGAACUCCUCUAUAAUUGAUCUCUGCGUCAAGAUAUGCUGUUGGAACCAUCGUUGGUACAUUGAGUUUUCAAUUCAAUUGAUUGAGGCUCUCUCCAUUGUAAUUCAAGAUAUGGGUAUAACAAUGGUUACGAAUGAAAUAGCCGCAAGAUAUUCAGAGACAGUAGCGCAACUUAUGAAAGAUAAUUUAAUAACUUUCUUUGAAAAUUACACAAAUCAAUAUUACGAUGCAUAA